AUGUCCGAUGCCGAAGUUUGUGAUUCAGUUGGAAAAGAUAUUCAGAAGGAAAUAUCAGACAAACUUUCUGCUGCAAAAGAAUGGGGAAGUUAUUUAUUUUCAAAAGCCGUGAAGUCCAGUGAGGAAGCAGUUAAAAAACUUAGUGAUCGAAUAGAUUUAACCGAAAUCAAAUCAGUUGUAAAUGAUGUAACAGCUUCUGUCAAACAGGUCCCACUCAUACGUGAGUUUGAAAAAGCUCAAGCUGACUUUGCUGUAACAUCUCAAAAUAAGCAUGAAGAAGCAAUUCGUUUUCGUUCAUCAUCUCAAUCUGAACUUCCACCAUGGCAUCCCGAUAUAUGCGGAUUAAAUGAUUGUGAUGCUCUAUCUUCACUGAAAGAACAAAUCCUAGCUUUAAGUCAAAAUCCGAAUAACUUUCUUAUUUCUCCUCCUGAAGAAGCUCAGCUCGAAUGGACAUCACCAAUACCUGACAAUUUAUUACGUGAAGCUCAAAUCCUUUUAAAAGAAGAUCCUAAUUUAGGUUCUAUAAGGUAUCGACUUGUCCCUAGCAAAAUUAGUGAAGAGAUAUUUUGGAGAAAUUAUUUCUAUCGUUUAUCCUUAAUACAACAAUCCGCUAGCCUCUCCGCUGUUAUGGACGAUGCUCAUCAACCAAACAUGGGUAAUAAUGGUGGUAUUACAAAUGAUAACAAUGUUUCUGACACUGAUUUUGUAUGCGUUGAACAAAAUCCUAUUUGGUCUAAAAUGAAUACAAAUCUUAAAGAAAAGGAAAAAUCUAAUGAAGUUUCAAAUAAUAAUAAUAAUCAUCGUAAAGCAAAUAAUUCUUCUAUGAAAUCAAAAAUAACAUCAGAUAAAUCUUUAAAUACUUCAAGAUCUAAAGAGAAAUCUAAAAUGAAUUCAACAAACAUUUCAAAGUGUUCACCAACUUAUAUUUUAAACAAUUCACAAAAUAAUGAUAAUUCUUCUCAUAGUUCUUCUACUAAAACAUUGGAAGAACAAUUAGAAGAAGAGAUUGCUCGUGAAGUGGAUGAACUUGUUUUAACUAAAUCAGAGAAUAAUUCUAUUUUUCCAAUUAAUAAUAAUAAUAAUAAUGAUGAUGAUCUAUCUGUAACAGAUGAAAUUGAUGAAGAAUUAGAAUUGGAAAUAUUAGCUGAAUUAGAAGGUGGUAAUAAUAUGGUCGGUCAUUCCACUAGUUGUAAUGUUGAUGAUAGUAUCAAAGAAGCGAAUAGUUAA